AGAGAGAGAGAGAGAGAGGAGGAGUGAGAGAAAGAGAGAGAGAGAGGAGGAGUGAGAGAAAGAGAGAGAGAGAAGACGCGGAGUGAACGAAGGAAGGCAGAAGAAACGACAGGAAGAAAGGAACAUGGGGCGAAAGAAAUGUGCCGAUAAUGUGCCGUUACGCCGUUGAUAAAGCCGAACCGUUGAACUUUACCGGGAAGAGCGAGGAUGCGGUCGGCCCGAUAACUAGACUAUUAUUAAUAGCGUUAACCCUGAAAAUCGUUUGAUUCUUCACUCUUCGACGGGAGAUUCGCUCUCAUCCGUGAAGAUAUAUUCGAGCGAUUCGCGUCGAAAUGCGAGAGACAUCAUUUGACGGAUGCUGCGUUACGCCGGCUCCUAAUACGUAGGGAAUACCAUCCUUCUUUUUCCGUGAAGUAGAGACGCUCGGCUUGAAAAACGAUCUUUAGGCGAGGGGUGCGUGUUUACGUAUGUAGCAAUAAUAAUCGAACCACGGCGCAACCACGACGACGGACAAGGAGCAGAAAGAGCAGCGCGAGUUCCGCGAGCGAGAGACGUGUUCGGCGCGAGGUCCGCGGCGAGAACGGCGGCGAUUUGAUACGGGGAAAUCGAUGACCUCUCUCCAUGAGGUUGUAUUUUGGGAAGCACGUUCCGUGAGAAGAGAACAGACCGCCGUUCCUCUCGCCUGGCCGUUCUCGAGCCGUUCGCGUUGCUCGCGUUUGCAUGACCGGCGCGAGUCCGCCGCUUGACAUCUGACACGCCGCCAAUUGUUCGCGUACUGCUGCCACAAUGACUCGCGCUCCUGGUCGGCCUCGUUGCCAAGAGUAUCCGACGAAUUUCAACCUCCACGGUAUUGCCUCCUCCGUCCGCGCGAUUCUUCCGCUCAGCGAGGCCCUCCCGACGCCGUAAUGUGUUCUCGCGGACAGCUUCAUUGAAGCUUCUCGCCGAGUUGAUCCUGGCCUCUAAAUCAGUCAACUCAUAGUGGUGCCAAUUUCUUCCUUAUACAAGGAAGCCUCCGAAAACGUUGGCGGCGAAUAGUGACAAGCAGGAGAACGUCGCUUCGAAUGACUGGCGAUCCGGCAAGGAUGCGCUCGUGUUGUCCCCGAGGGUGGGCGGUGUAUCGGAGGUCGUUUCCUGAAUCGCUACGUCCGACGUGAUUAGAUGCUCCGCUCGCCGUAGUCCGCUACAGCUCGCCGUAAAGAAGUAAAUAUAUGCUGAUCUGAUCUACGGCUUGCACAGUCGUUUAUAUGCUGCCGGCGUAUAAGAUCAAAUCUAGGGUCGAAGGAGAGAACAAUAUUGCCGUUAAUCCCCAACACAAUAUCGAGAGACUCAUGAGAUCAACGAUUGUUCAAUUGUUGUAUUUACAUCUCGUAUCGCAAAUAUGUAAAGUGUGAUCAUUGUGGCGAGAUCAUUGUGCUUCGUUGACUGACGGAAUUUUUCUCGAGAUCUCGGUCAUUCCAAAAUCAUUCUCGAGAUUCUCACCGGUCAUAAAACUUCAUGAACUGUUUUGAGUUAUGCCGUCCCGAAUUUACUUGUACAGAUCGCCAGAGGAAGCGAUGUUCGCGGCUCAACUCGCGACAUUCGCUGUUGCAGACAUUUGAAGUAUCCGAGAUGCGAGCGGUGGAUUGCUCGUUGGUGAAGCGAAAUCUCAUUGUCGCGGAGGAAACACGAGAAAAGGAAAACGGAUCUCGAAAAAGAGAAACGCACGUGGAGGAACAGGAAGAAGAAGAAAAAGGAGGAAGAGGAGGAGGAAGAGACGAGGAGACGGGAGGUCGCGCAGGGAGGUCAAACGGAAGAGGAAGAAUACGGCUCGUAGGCGGAAGAGAGAGGAGUAGAAGGAGCCGCGAGGAAGAGCGAGAGGCAGCUUUGGAAAGAUCAAUCGGCGUGCGGGGAGGAAGCUGCCGCUGUUGCUGGACCACGAGCGGCCUGCGUGCCGGAAAAAGUGCAAUGUCCUCUUUCGGACGCGCGAUACCAGUCGCGGUGGCGGCGUCGCGCGGGAAUUAAGAGGGAACGGCAAUCACACGGGAUUCGUCUCGAAGUGGCCGGUACCUGCUCUGGAUGCUGCGAGCGGAACGAGAGAGAGGGAGAGUGAAACGAAAAGAGAGAAAGAGGGAAGGGGCGAGAAUGAAAAUUUCAUCACAUAUGCAUUGGAACAUGAAAUCUUGUAAAGGAAGACAGAGAAUAUAGGCGCAGGGAGAGAGCGUGAUAAAAAAAACAAAAGAGACAAUUAAUAAUUAGAUAUUUCUGCUGUAUGCCUCGAAGCGAAAUUUUUCGAGGGAGAAGAGAGAGAAAAAAUAGGAAAGAAAGAUAGAGAAAAAAAAGAACAGGACAAUGAGAAAGAGGGGGUAGGAGAAAGGGAGAGUGAAACUCGAGUUUUUGCAGUUGUCCGCCUUCGUACGCGUUGCAAGCACGUGGAUACGACCGCGACCGUUUAAUAAAGCGCCACGUUUAGCUUGUUAGCGCACGCUAAUUGAUCGAGUAGCUGCAAGGACGAGUAGAAGCUUCCUCGCGGAAAUUUAUCGUACUCGUCUGAUCUCAAAUUAGUCCCGUUUCUUGUUCUCUCGGUGUUUCUUGUCGCUAAGAGAUGACUGAAAACUCCAAGGGCGGUCUUCGAAAUUCUUCGAAUUGUCGCCCGACAAAAUCCAUUCGCGAAACACUGAUCUACUAUCGGAACACGAUAGAAGUGAUCAAAUUUCGCGCUGGACUCGCUGUGUUCAUUCGCUCGUUAUCGCCUGCAAGUUUCGAGGAACGCGCAUUUUAGAUACGAGUGAUCAAAUAGUCACGAUAUUUUCGGUGGCGCGUACUGUGUUCGAUGCCCGUGUUCGUCCUACUUUUUGCUCCAAGCACUGCCAUAUAAGUACACACUGCCCGCCGGCGCGCAUUACUUUAUGUUGCACGACAUAAUUCAAGUCACAGCGCUGUCUUCCGAUAUGUCGUUCACCGUAGACUGCCUGAAUUACGCGCUUCUCCUGAUCUGCACGCGUGUGUUCCAUCUAGCUCUUGGAAUCAGCGCUCAGUAUUACAAGGCUCAGUUGGACGCGCAUUUGAAGCUUCAUGGAGAGAAGUGGGCGAGCGAGGAUGUGCGAAAGUGUAAAUUAUGUAACAAGCAAUUCGUGCAACCGGCGCUCUAUCGACUGCAUAUCCGCGGACAUUACAGACAACAGACGAAGAUAGUGAAGCAAACCAAGAGAGGAACGAAGCAUAAAACAAUGUACAAAUGUACUAUAUGCUUGAAAUCCUUUCAAAAGCCGAGUCAGCUGAUGCGUCAUAUCAGGGUACACACCGGAGAGAAGCCUUUCAAGUGUACCGUUUGUAGCAGAGCGUUCACGCAAAAGAGUUCGCUGCAGAUCCACGCGUGGCAACACAACGGCAUUCGUCCGCACACUUGCAAUCUUUGCAACGCUAAGUUUAGUCAAAAAGGAAACCUAAAGGCACACACACUCCGAGUGCAUAAUCCGCCAGAAGGUGAGCCUAUGUACGAGUGUUCUUAUUGUUCAUGCGCCUUCAAGAAACUCGGCAGUCUCAACGGGCACAUAAAGCGAGUGCAUUCUAAUUCCUCGGAGGAAUCCACUGCCAAGUCCUCGGAAGCUAAUUCCAGUAUCUCGUCCGAAGCUGAUAUGCGUGCGACGGUAGACAGCGUGAUAUCGCAAUUGGCGUCUCUGGAAUCCGCCGUGAAUAACACCGCGGUUUCCACGGCUACUGGAACGCUGAACGUGGGGCAAAACGAUAUUCUGCAACAGGCGUUAAAGAACAGCGGUCUGCCGAACAAAAAUGAAGUCACUUCGAAAGAAACCACAGAGCCGAAGAAAAUGGAUUCCCGUACGACAUAUGUCACAUUAUUGGAUAAAGCUGCUGGUGGUGCUAUGAGAAAGUAUCUUACCAUAAAGCAACACUGCGUAGGGAACGUACGGUGGUACGCGUGCUCCUUCUGUAUGAAAGAAUUUAAGAAGCCGUCGGACUUGAUACGCCAUCUGCGCGUUCACACGCAGGAGAAGCCCUUCAAGUGCAUGUAUUGUGUGCGUUCCUUCGCGCUCAAGUCGACGAUGAUCGCGCACGAGAGGACUCACACCGGGGUGAAGAAGUACGCCUGCGACUCCUGCGACAAAACGUUUGCGUGCCACAGUAGUCUUACUGCUCACACGAAAUUACAUACAAAACCACACAAGUGUAACGUAUGCGACAAGUCGUUCAGCGCCAGCACCAUGCUGAAGACUCAUAUGAGGAGUCACGCGCUGGAAAAGUCCAAGAUAUCGCCUGAGGCGGAGAGCCUAGUGCCGCAAGUGAUCCUACAGGAGCCGCUCGUUAUCAGCGACGCCGACAAUAAAAUCAGCGUAGUGCAAGUGCAAUCGAAGCAAAAACAAGUGUACGACGGCAACAGCGUGGCGCGGCCGCACAAGUGCUGGGUGUGUCACGCGGCGUUUAGAAAGAUCAGUCAUUUGAAGCAGCAUCAUCGCAGGCACACGGGCGAACGACCGUAUAAAUGUGCCAAAUGCGACAGGAGGUUUACAUCUAAUAGCGUUCUCAAAUCUCACUUGCAUACACACGACGAUUUGAGGCCGUUCAGUUGCUCGGUGUGUAAUACGAAGUUCUCCACCCAGAGCAGCAUGAAAAGGCAUUUGGUUACGCAUAGUAACAAAAGGCCGUUCAUGUGCCCGUAUUGUCAAAAAACGUUCAAGACAUACGUCAAUUGUCGGAAGCACAUGAAAAUACAUAAGCAUGAGUUGGCGCAAAAGCAAUUGGAUGAACAGAAGACGCAAGAACAGAACGCACAGCAGCCCUUGAACCAGGAUAAAAGUACCAUUCCAGCAUUACCGGAAAGCAUCACUCUCACCGAGGACAUGGAAGUGUCAUUUCAACCGCAAAUGGCACCGGAUUUCACGCAGGCUUUCUCCGAUCAGUUUCAAAAUAUUAGUGCGGAGAAGGAGAAGUCGUUCUUGCUGACGGACAGCGCAACGUCGUCUAUCACAAGUCAAAAUAUGUCCGUCGACACGACUAAUUUAGGAACGUCGCAAACUCUGCACGCCGAUGAAACUGGUACUAUCGCGUUACCUCAUUAUUCAGGGGAUCAAACGCUCACACCGGAAAGUAUACGAGAGAUCGAGGAGACUUUGAACCAACAACUGUUCAAUAUCGGCGUGAACCUCGGGCUGACGAACAAUCUUCCGAGGCAGAUGGAGGAGACGAACGCGAAUUCUCUCGACAGUUCGAGAGAGCAGCCGGUACUUAAUAUAAUAUACGAGCACAACAAGGGCCUGGAAUCAUCUAACAACGCGAUAUUCACGUCGCAAUUCGACUCGUUUGACAUGAGUCAAAUCGCACUACAGGCGGACAACGAUAUCGAUAUCGGUUUGAGUGUAAGUAACUCUACGAGCAUGUCUAGUAUUUUGCCAACAUCUGUGGGAGAAAAUUGCGGGCAAGCAGAGGAGCAACGAGCUGCACCAAUUACCACUGCCAGCGAUAUGGAUGCAUCUUUGAUCACAAGAAACACUCAUCUAAUGAUCAUUAAUUCAAAGGAAAAUUGCUCAGAAUUGGUAAAGCUCUCACAAGUAUGUCCGAGAUACUCCAAAGUCAUUGCGAAGGCGGACACCACAAAUGGAUCAGAGAUGCAUAAUGUAAACGGACAGGAGAAAGCGCCGCAAGAGAAUGACGCUUUGUCAUGCGAAAGCGAGAGAAGCACUCUGCCGUUCACAAAGAGUUUUCAAAAUACAAUACAGCCGGACUCGUUUAUUUCUUCUGGCAUGGAUAGGACAAGGAUAUCGGAAUGCGCCAACCUGUUGCAAUGUCACAUGUGCGGCAAUCAAGGUUUCACAACCGAGGGGUUGAAGGAACAUCUGAAGUCUCAUCGCGGCGAGAAGGAGUAUCAGUGUUCGGUAUGUCUUCAGCGAUUCUGCACGAAUAGUGGUCUCAGCAGACACAUGAGGACACACGUAAAUAAAAUAUGGAAAUGCACUACGUGCCAUAAGAUCUUGGACAGCAAGCAGCAGUUGAAGCUGCACAGUAAGAUACACGCUGACACGUGGAACGUUUCGUCUAUGGAGCCGGACAGUUCUCAGAAAGAACCGAUCUCCUCGAAUUCGGCUCUUUCCUCAAUAACGGCGCUCAAUGUUCGGAUAGACGCGGACUCGUCGGUAUCUGAGAAGGUCCUACUGGACACAGUUGCCGAGAGAAAAAUAAUGGAUUGCGUGGAUCAGAACAUUGAGAAGAAAGAAAAACGAGAGUACACGAACAAAUGCAAGUUCUGCCCGAAGACUUUCCGUAAACCAAGUGAUCUCACCAGGCAUAUUCGCACGCAUACAGGUGAACGGCCGUUCAAGUGCGACCACUGCAACAAGAGUUUCGCGGUCAAGUGCACGCUGGACUCGCACAUGAAGGUUCACACAGGCAAGAAGACUUUCCGCUGUCACGUCUGCAGCAGCAUGUUCGCUACGAAGGGUAGCUUGAAAGUUCACAUGAGGCUGCAUACCGGCUCGAAACCGUUCAAGUGCCUUAUGUGCGAUCUACGAUUCCGCACUUCGGGCCACAAGAAGGUGCACAUGCUGAAGCACGUGCGUGAACACAAAGGUGGCGCGAAACGCAAGCCGAAACACUUGAAAGUCGCGGCGGUGGCAGAGGCGGCGGCCAGCCUGGAGAACGUCGACAGCGGCAAUUCUCUGAACACGAGCAUGACGACAACGGCGACGACUGCGGCGACGGCGAUGACGACUGUGAUCAGCGAUGAAACGGCGGCAGCUGUGUCGCAGCAGAAUCACCUGGGUUAUUCUACACUGGACACGUCGGUGAACCUGGACGCCAGCGCAGCGGUACUACCGAAUCAAAUUACGUUCAAUCAGACGGAUACGACGACGAUACUCAACAACAACGCGAUGCUGUCCGUGAACGAGAGCAACGAGUUUGUAGCGAAUCUGCAGUUCCUGUUGGCGAACGGUCUUGUCACCAUUCAAACGGAUGACUCGUUAUUGACGCAGUCGACGAGCGAUUCCGACAACGCUGGCGUCGUGCCCACCAACGUCAUCGAAUUAGUCAAUCCGAGCCCCUUUCCGGAAACUUGCGAUCUGAACAGCGCCAAUCACAUGGUGAUAACCAGCUCUGUCCAAGUGCCCGCGACGGAGACGACGAGUUCUGACACGAACAACGCUGCGGUCAUUCAGAUGAACGAUUAUAUGCCCGCGGCUUCUGCGUCCGUGCAAGUAGAGCAAGCUGCGAACGGCAGUGGCGUGUCCAAGGUGAAGACAAGUCGUGCGACGAGCAGCAAUCUGCAAGCAGCGAAAACGGCGCAGUCACGGAAGGAGUGCGACGUAUGCGGCAAAACGUUCACCAAGCCGUGUCAGGUGGAGCGGCACAAACGUAUACACACGGGCGAGCGACCGUACAAGUGCGAGCUGUGCAGCAAGUCUUUCGCGCAGAAGUUCUCGCUGCAGCUGCAUCAGAAGCACCACACGGGCGAUCGGCCGUAUCCGUGUCCGCACUGCAAGCACUCGUUCACACAGAAGUGCAACCUGCAGACGCACUUGAAGCGCGUCCACCAGCUCGUUAUGUUCGACAUCAAGAAGCUGAGGAGCAGCCAGCAGGUGUUGGGCGCGCUUCUGCAGGAUAAUCAGGGUGACGCAAAACUAGUGAGCUUAGACGACAUACUGGUGGUAGAUUUUUUUAAGUAAAUAUUGAAAAGAAAAGUAGCGGAGAAAUGUUCCUUUCGAGAGAAAGAGAGAGCUCGCGCACUAGCUGUAACAUAUAUCGUGCUCAGAAUGCGCUGUAAAGGAGGAAAGACUUCAAGUACAUUAAAUGCGCAGGUGAAGUGUAUACGAUCUGUAUAUCGACGUGACGCUAUUGAGGUAAUCAUUUCGCGCGCGUACUCGAGGUGUAAUUUAACACUGUUUGUAGUUCACUAUUGUUAUUACAUUUUCUAUUUGUCAACCCACAAAUCGAUACAAUUCGCUGAUUGUGCGUUUCGAGCCAGUAACGCGCAUACUUUUUACUUUAAUGCUGACACACAAACGACAUUCGCAAUUAUUUAAAAUAAAAACACGUUGUUAUAUACA